AUGGCACGUCCUGUUCUUGGUUCGGCUCUGCUCGUCCUGUUCUCCAUCUCUGCUGCGUUCUCCCUCGUCAGCGGCGACGGCUGGCCCCGAGUAUGCAUCAUCGGAGCCGGCAUCGCCGGUUCUUCCCUGUCUCACUUCCUCAAGGACUACAGCGGCGGCGCCGUCGACGAUAUCGUCAUCCUGGAGAGGAACGGAGUAGUCGGCGGGCGGAUGGCGACGACGACCCUCGCCGGAGAUACCUUCGAGGCCGGCGCUACCAUCCUCCAUCCCAAGAACCUCCACGCCCUCAAUUUCACCUCCUUCCUCGGCCUCAAGCCCAGCGCUAAGUCCGCCGCCGCCGCUGCUGCGAGCUCCAACGGCUCCUCUGCGUCUUCCUCAUGGCUGGGGAUUUGGGACGGCUCUCGCUUCGUCUUCCAGACUCUCCCGCCACCGCCGGAUUCGAGCUCCGCCUUGUACAAGAAGAUUCAUUCCAUCCUCAACUCUUUCCUCCUCUUCCGCAGAUACGGUCUCUCCCUCCUCCGGAUGCAGAGCUUUGUCACGGUAUUCUCCGCCGAUAUCCUCGUCCGUUCGGUCAGAUUUUCCCUCUUCCGUGUCCUCACUUUUUCCUCUGGCAGAGAACCGUCGGGAAGUUCAUGAUAUACUACAAGGACUUGGCUUCUCGGCCCGUCUUCGAAUCGGCGGAGGAGAUGCUCAGGUGGGCAGGCUUGGAUGGGCUCACCCGUAGAACUCUGCAGGAGGCGCUGGCCGAGGCGGGGCUGUCGCCGCUUCUGAUCUCGGAGCUCGUCACGGUAAGCAUAGGAAGAACUAGCAGGGGGCGGAAAAAAGGAGAAGGAGUCACACUGUUCAAGAACAGUCUGAUCACAAACUUAUUUGUGGGGUAAUUUUCUCGGCCUGUUUAGAGAGGGAGCAGGUGAUCAAUGACUAAUCAAGAAGAUAAAGUGGGUGCUCUUUAUUCUUCACAGCUUUCCUCUAAUCAAAAUAAAUAUUGACCCCUCGGCAUCCCUGAUAACCUCUACUGUUCAAGAACACAGUCUUUCCUCAAGAAACAGUGUGAUCAUAAAACUUUAUUUGUGUAAUCUUUUCGGUCUGGUUAGAGGGGGAUCAGGUGAUCAAUGACUGGCCAAGAAGAUCAAGUGGGUGUUUUUCAUUCUUCACAGCUUUCUUCUAACGAAAGCAUUGAUUGAUCGCCGGUGUAUAUACUCUUGUAUAUUUUCUUGCAUAAAAUACGAGAAAAUAUACGUAUUUUAUUGUAUAUUCCGUCGGUGUUAUGUUCUUCAUUUCUCAAUUUGUUUUCAUUGUUUCCAGGGAAAAUUCAAGAAAAUUUGCUCACCAGGAUAGUUUUCCACUUCCAAAAUCUUGUUUCAGAAUGUGAAAACUUCAGAUUGCAAUCAGCCUUCUGCAUUUAUUUUCUACUGCUUGUAAAAAUACUAAUUUUAUAUGCAACAUAUAUCUGAAUCUACUCAAGUAUUCAUGUUCUUCGUCUAUAUGAUUUUGUUUUCAUAUUUUACGCGCCAUAUAAAAUGGAGACUUUGGCAUUAAUGGAUGCUGGAUCACUCACAGGUUAUAACGAGGAUAAAUUACGGCCAAAAUGUUGACAUGAGUGGGCUCGCCGGUGCUGUUGGCCUGGCGGGCUCAGAGUCGGGGCUGUGGUCAGUGCAGGGUGGCAACUGGCAGAUGGCCUCUGGGUUGAUCAAGCACUCGAAUGCGACAUUGAAUCUCCACGAGGAGAUCACCUCCAUCUCCUACAAGGAAGGGCAAUAUGAACUCCGGUCAAAGAGAGGAAAUCAAUACCUCUGUGGAGUUGCAGUGAUCGCCACACCGCUGGACGAGCUCAACAUCUCCUUUUCUCCUCCGAUUUCAGUCCCAAGCAGGAGCCUGCAGCAUACACACACCACCUUUGUUAGGGGCCUCCUAAACCCUGUAAGUAUACAGCCGACCUGGCCUGACCCAGGUCAUCAAUGGCCGAAACCAGUUGGAUUUCUGGCUACUAGGUGGCGGCGGCCAUAUCUCUCCCAUGUAAAUUUAUAUAAGCUUACUGGUUAUUAAUUUGCUGCUCUUGUUCAAGGGAUACUUUGGUCUGAAUUCUGAGUCGGAGAUCCCCAACCUGGUGGGCACCAUGGAGGUUCCUGAGGUCCCAUUCUCUAGUAUUGCUGUCCAGAGGAAGUACGGUGAAAAGGACAAGGCGUACAAGGUCUUCUCUCGUUCGAAGAUGGAGGACGUCCUACUGGAUCAGAUAUUCGGGUAAAUCAAAUUAGAAGACUAAGCUAAAUCAUGUGGUUAAAAUCUUCUGAAGCAUGUGUAGAAGACUCUGCUGAAUUACUUACCAUUUGAUUUGGGCAGAGUGCGAACAGAGACGGUUCGGAUUGAUUGGCCAGCUUAUCCCCAUUACAGUGCUCCAGAGGCCUUUGCUCCGUAUAUACUGGAUGGGCUGCAUCUGUACUACAUAAACUCCUUUGAGAGUGCAGCGAGCACCAUGGAGACCAGUGCUGUCUCCGCAGAGAACAUUGCCAGGCUCAUCCUAUCGCGGAUCUCAGAGGACGCUCCUGCUACCGCAUGCAGAGAGAGAAUUUUUCCGAGAGAGAGCCACCUGCAUGUAGAUCUCUAA